ACACACUCACAUGAGUAGCCAGUAUGGCUGUAGUCACUAAAGUAUAAUGUUUAUCACUAAAGCAAGCUAAUUUAACACAAUCUACCGGGUUAUAUAACGAGUUAUUAUACUUUAAAGUAUCAGACGGUGUAACAAAAACUGUUUUCUUGCUUUAUUGACUUACAUCUGCAGCAGAAUGAGUAAUAUUUACAUCCAGGAGCCUCCAUCAAAUGGAAAGGUGCUGUUGAAGACCUCAGCAGGCGACAUUGACAUUGAGUUGUGGUCCAAGGAGGCUCCUAAAGCAUGCAGGAACUUUGUGCAACUGUGCAUGGAAGGUUACUAUGAUGGCACACUGUUUCACCGAGUGGUGCGUGAGUUCAUAGUUCAGGGGGGAGAUCCCACUGGAACAGGGACCGGUGGAGACUCCGUCUACGGCCGGCCGUUCAAGGAUGAAUUUCACUCCAGACUGCGCUUCAAUCGGAGAGGUUUGGUUGCCAUGGCAAACGCUGGCCCACAUGAUAACGGCAGUCAGUUUUUCUUCACGUUGGGACGUGCAGAUGAGCUCAACAAUAAACACACCAUAUUCGGCAAGGUCACAGGAGACACCGUCUAUAACAUGCUCAGACUGGCAGAAGUUGAAUGUGACCACGAUGAAAGACCUUUGAAUCCCCACAAGAUAAAAACGGCUGAGGUGCUUCACUCUCCUUUUGAUGACAUCAUACCUCGUGAAACAAAGAAAGCCAAGAAGGACAAAGAUAAAGAGGAGGGAAAGAAAUCACAGUCAAAAGCCACAAAGAACUUCAGUCUGUUGUCAUUUGGAGAGGAAGCUGAGGAGGAAGAGGAGAUGGUGAAUCAAGUGAGCCAGACACUGAAGGGAAAAAGCAAAAGCAGCCACGACCUUCUGAAAGAUGAUCCCAGGCUGAGCUCUGUUCCGGCCGUUGAUAAGAAAAGAAAGAAGGGGGCAUCAGGAGACACAGCUGAGAAAGCCGACGGCGACGUUGAAGACGACAUGGACGCAGAUGAAGAGUAUGACUCCGAUGAGAGAGAGAAGAUGAGGGAGCUCAUCAGCAACAAGCUAAAGAAAUUAAAAGCAGCAGAGCAAACGCCAGAGGACGAGGGAGAGAAGAAGACCAGCCGCAGUGAUGAAUUGCGGAAAGAGGCGCGGCAGUUGAAGAAGGACCUACAGGCCAUAAAGCAAAGGAAAGAAGAUAGUUUAAAACCUCCAGUGGAUGACGUCAAGGAGGAGGAUGAAAAACCAACCACCACUGAGGCCGUGGCCGAGUAUCUGGAGGGACGCAAGAAGUACGAAGAGCAGCGGAAAAAGAAACCGAAGAAAGGCUCAAACAGAGAACAACAUACUCUGGAACUCCUCAAUCGUUUCAAGUCCAAGCUGUCUUCAGCCAUCACUGAGGAGGCUCCAGAGGAGGACGUGGAGGAGCUGGCAGAGGACGAAGACAAAGGAUGGAUGGCCCAUGUUCUGCAGUUUGAUGAGCAAACCAGAAAAGUCAAGGAUGCCGCAAUACAGGACGAGGACACUUUCGAGAUCUACGACCCGCGCAACCCCGUCAAUAAACGGAGGAGAGAGGAGAGCAAGAAGCUCCUGAAAGAGAAGAAGGCCAAGUGGUGAGGUCGAGAGAGGUCGAAUGUCGGGUCCUGCCCAAGCAGCCAUGUGACUGAAAAAUCUGCUCGUACCGCAUCCCGCCUGUCCACUUCUCCGCCACUUCAAACCGCGCUUUGUAGAGCAGUGUCCUGCCUCCAACAUCUGGAUUGAGGAUGCUGACCCUUACGAUCCCUGUAAUCUGUGAUGGAAAGGCUCCUUCGCUUGGAACAGCUGCAGCCGGACGCCGCUCAGUUACUCAGCCGCAUUAAGAUCGUGGUCGUAGUAAUGGUUAAGGUCAUCAUUUGAUUAUAUGUAAUGUUUUUUUUUUUUUAAUGCUAUUCUUCUUCUGUUUAUGUUGUCUAGAGCUUAAAAAUGUGAGCAUCAGACUUUGACAAAAUAAAAUAAAUAGCAUUCGUAAACUGUAAUGAUUUCACUCUGUUCUAUUUCAUUUUCAAUAAAUGUACCAGUCAGUGGCUACCAGCAGCUCUAAAGCUCAAUAAUUAACAUGUUAUACUGUAUGUUGUUUCUUUAAUAAACAAAACUGAAGUGUGAAAACAA